GGAUCGAAGCGUCAUCUAGGCCGCUAGAUUCGUCGAUCGGACGGCCAGGAUUGCCCGUUAGCGUAGGAGAAGAGCAACCAACACGCGCACCACCACCUCGUCGAGCGCUCGGCGUCUUGACGGCGGCGCGCGCGAGGUGUUCGGAGAAAUGCUCGCGUGAGCCCAACGCCUCUCAUGCUUGCCGCGCGCGGGCUCCUGAGACCGGAGGCGGCGGCGCGCGGCCUCGCGCUCCAGCGCUGCUUCGUCGCGCCGCUCCGCGCCGCAUCGGGGAUGGCGCUUCCGGGGGCCAGCGCGAGGUUCCACGAGUACGAAGCCGCCAUCACGGCGUGCAUCGAGAGGAGGGCGCUCUGGGAGGGGCGGCAGGUGCACGCGCGCAUGAUCACGGCGAGGUACCGGCCUGCGGUGUUCCUGGGGACCCGGCUGGUUACCAUGUACGUGCGGUGCGGCGCGCUGGACGACGCGCGCAACGUGCUCGAUAGAAUGCCGGAGCGGAGUGUGGUCUCGUGGACGACGAUGAUUUCAGGCUAUUCUCAAACAGAACGACAUGUCGAGGCCUUGGAUCUGUUCAUCAAGAUGCUUAGAGCUGGAUGCAUCCCUAAUGAAUACACUUUAGCAACUGUUCUUACAUCCUGUUCUGGUCCUCAAAGUAUAUACCAGGGCAAGCAAGUCCAUUCUCUCUUAGUCAAGACAAAUUUUGAGUCACACAUGUUUGUUGGGAGUUCCCUGCUUGACAUGUAUGCCAAGUCAGAAAACAUCCAAGAAGCUCGAAGAGUAUUUGACACGCUUCCAGAAAGGGACGUCGUUUCGUGUACUGCAAUUAUAUCUGGCUAUGCUCAAAAGGGUCUUGAUGAGGAAGCCUUGGACUUGUUCAGACAAUUGUAUAGUGAGGGAAUGCAAUGCAAUCAUGUUACCUUCACCACCCUUGUUACUGCAUUGUCUGGCCUGGCUUCUUUGGAUUAUGGCAAACAAGUCCAUGCCUUAAUACUUCGUAAAGAAUUGCCUUUCUUCGUUGCUCUACAGAAUUCUUUGAUCGAUAUGUACUCCAAAUGUGGUAAACUGUUAUACUCAAGGAGAGUAUUUGACAACAUGCUAGAGAGAUCAGUCGUCAGUUGGAAUGCAAUGCUUAUGGGAUAUGGAAGGCAUGGAUUGGGGCAUGAAGUUAUUAGUCUCUUCAAAGAUUUGCAUAAAGAGGUGAAGCCUGACAGUGUGACUUUGUUGGCUGUUUUAUCUGGUUGUAGCCAUGGUGGGCUGGUUGAUGAGGGCCUUGAUAUAUUUGAUACUGUGGUCAAAGAGCAAAGUGCACUUCUCCACACUGGACACUAUGGAUGCAUUAUUGAUCUUCUUGGACGUUCUGGACGACUAGAGAAAGCUUUAAAUUUGAUAGAAAAUAUGCCAUUUGAGUCAACUCCAUCAAUUUGGGGUUCACUGCUCGGUGCUUGCAGAGUCCAUGCUAACGUUCAUGUUGGUGAGCUUGUUGCUCAGAAGCUUCUGGAAAUGGAGCCAGAAAAUGCUGGCAAUUAUGUAAUACUUUCUAACAUUUAUGCUGCUGCUGGGAUGUGGAAAGAUGUUUUCAAAGUGAGGAAGCUAAUGUUGGAGAAGACAGUGACCAAGGAACCAGGGCAGAGCUGGAUAAUUCUUGACAAGGUUAUUCACACCUUCCAUUCAAGUGAGCGGUUCCAUCCCAGUAAGAAAGACAUAAAUGCCAAGAUAAAAGAGAUAUUUGUCGAUAUCAAAGCAGCUGGCUUUGUUCCAGACUUGAGUUGUGUGCUGCAUGAUGUUGAUGAUGAGCAAAAAGAACGCAUGCUUCUUGGUCACAGUGAGAAGCUGGCAAUAACUUUUGGAUUGAUGAACACUCCUCCAGGAUUGACUAUCCGGGUUAUGAAGAAUCUUCGCAUAUGUGUUGAUUGCCAUAAUUUUGCCAAAUUUGUUUCAAAAGUUUAUGAAAGGGAGAUAUCCCUUAGGGACAAAAAUCGAUUUCAUCUACUUACACACGGAAACUGCACCUGUGGAGAUUAUUGGUGAAGAUAUGUUAUGAUGAUAUUGUGAGUGAUGGGAUAAUCAAUGAACCAUUGAACAGACUGAGGACUGGAGUAUGAUAUUCUUAAUUCAGGUCAUCCCACUAGAGACUCUAACCUGAGCUGAUUUUGAAUUCAUAAAAAAGAUGGAUUUUAAAUCUUGAGCAUCAACCUGAUUAUAUGGAGAAAGGAGUCUGGAGGAAGAAUAAAUUCAACUAACACCAUCAAUUGGAAAACUGCAACUGUUACUGUGAACCAGAAAUGUAAAUAUCACCAGUCUUUAUUUCUGCAAAUGUAAGUGUAGACUAUCUCCAGUGGCAGUUAAUUGUAUGUUUGAUUGUGAUUUUCUGAUGGCAUGUUUGGUUUAUUGACCAAACCAACCAGAACAAAAAAUUGGCAAUGCCAAUAGAAUGAUAGAUUCAUUUGGUUUGUUGACAAAAAAAAUGUUAAGGAUAAAACAAAAGCCCAUAAGUAAAUUUUCCAAAAUUUUGGCAGCUAUAAAUGCACACGCUUUAUGAAA